UACAUUCAUCAUCAGAGGCAAGAAGUAACCAUCAUCAAGUAUGUCUGACCGAACCGGGGCAUAGGCAGCCCAUUCGCUCCAGGCGAAAUCCGCUCUCCCCAGCUAUUUAGGAGCGACUUGGUGGCGCGCUACUCAUCUGCUCGCAGCUCGAGCUUCGUUUAACAGGCUCACUUCUAAACGCAGCCUUUUAGAGGCAAUGUAUCGGUAACCGGUAACAGGGGAACUUCACUGCCAGGUCACACGUUCACAUGCCGGUCAUUAGAUUUUUCCGUUGAUCUAUCCUACAUUUCUCGCUCAAGCGUCCGUUCAAUAUAGAUAUAAAUACAACUGUCUUGGACUCUGGCUGGGGGAUGUUGUAGGCUCGUGGCGUUAACAGGUAGGCGAGAUAAGCUCGUUCUGUGCCAACAAGUGAAGAGAGAGGCGGGUUGUGCUUGAAACCUACGAAAAGGCAGCAUAAAGGAAGAGUUGUUGCUGCCUAUGCUGUAGCUAAUGAGGAUCCUAAUAAACUAAACAGGUAUCCGACAUUCUCACCAAUAUCGAUUCCCAGGUCGUAUUCUCUCCACGCAUCUGAUUGACCUUUGACGGACGUUUGAUUGAUUGAUGUAAUGCCCAUAUACAUCAUCGAUCGAAAAUUUCCAGAGACACCUGGUGAGUCAUUACAGCCAGCAGCUGAAGGAGUGUUAAGCAUGGUGGAGACCGUCCCCCUUAAGUCGGCUAAGAAGCCUCGCUGGACCUCUCUGGAGAUCGGCCUGCUCACCGUCGUCUCCCUCCUCUUCGUCGUCAUAGUGGCCCUCAUCGUCCUCUUCGCCACACAACGGACUGACAGCGAUGGUGUCUGCACCACAGCGGACUGCACUCAGUCAGCGUCUCGUCUGAUCGAGAACAUGGAUGCCAACGUGGACCCGUGUGACAACUUCUACCAGUACGCCUGUGGAGGCUGGUUGAAGAAGAACGUCAUCCCAGAGACCAGCUCCCGAUACAGCACCUUCGACAUCCUACGAGACGAACUGGAGGUGGUCCUCAAAGGUGUUCUAGAGAGAAGCGUGAAGGGGGAAGCCAGUGCCCUCACUAAAGCCAAGACCCUCUACAGAUCCUGCACCAAUGAGAGUCAAAUUGAGAAAAGGGGCGGAGCUCCUUUACUAGACAUACUUCCUAAUGUGUUUGAGUGGCCAAUAGCAACAGACCACUGGGAGACUGUCUAUGGGAACACAUGGAAGUUGGAGGAUGCCAUUGCCAGACUAAAUGAGAAAUACGGAACUCAAGUCUUGGUUAAUUUUUUUAUCGGCACUGAUGACAAAGACUCCAAUUCACACAUCAUUCACUUUGACCAGCAAACCAGCCUUGGUCUCUUAUCCAGAGAGCACUAUACCUGCACCGGGCCCUAUGCAGAGCCAUGUAGAGCGUAUGAGCAGUUCAUGAUAGACGUGGCCAGGCUGAUCCGCACCGACCGCAGCCUGGUGGUCAACGAGACCCAAAUCAGAGAGGAGGUCACCAGGGUCAUUGAGCUGGAGAGGGAGAUCGCCAACGCAACUGAUACUCCAGAGGACCGUAACAACCCAGUUCUCCUCUACAACAAAAUGGAGCUGGGUGUUCUCAAUGCUAACUUCAGCCUGGAGGUCGACACACAAGUGUUUGACUGGAGUUACUUCACCAGGAAGAUCAUGGGGGCGGUCGGCAUCACUGUGCCUGAAACAGAGAGUGUCAUCAACUACGCACCUAACUACUACAGACGACUCAACCCUAUCCUAGCCAAGAACACUAAGAGAGACCUGCAGAACUACAUUGUGUGGCGUUUUGUCAUGAACAUGGUGGUGGGUCUGAGCAGGCAGUACAGGGACACCAGGAAAGCCUUCCGCAAGGCGCUGUACGGUACCACGUCGGAGGCGGCGGUGUGGCGGCAGUGUGUCAUCUACGUCAACAACAAUAUGGACAACGCUGUCGGAAGACUGUACGUAGAGGAGGCCUUUUCAGGGGAGAGCAAAGCACUGAUGGAAGAGAUGAUCUCUGUGAUACGGGAGGUAUUCAUCAGUAACUUAGACCACCUAAGAUGGAUGGACGUAGAGACCAAGAAGGCUGCUGAGGAGAAGGCACAAGCUAUCCGCGAGCGGAUUGGCUACUCCGAAAACAUCAAGAAUGACACUUACCUGAACAACGAGUAUAAAAAUUUGAGCUACAGUGCAGAGGAGUACUUUGAGAAUAUCCUUCAGAACCUGGAGUACGUACAGAGGAAACGUCUGAGGAAGCUACGGGUCAAAGUUAACAAAGAAGAAUGGGUAACAGGAGCAGCAGUUGUCAACGCCUUCUACUCCUCAAGCAAAAACCAAAUAGUGUUCCCAGCUGGCAUCCUACAGCCUCCGUUCUUCGGUAAGGGCCAGACCAAGUCUCUGAACUUUGGCGGUAUCGGCAUGGUGAUCGGACAUGAGAUCACACACGGGUUCGAUGACAACGGUCGUAACUAUGAUAAAGAUGGUGACCUGAAGGACUGGUGGACGCCAAGCUCCACCCAGAACUUUGUGAAUCUGUCCAAGUGCAUGGUGGACCAGUAUGGAAGCUUCUCCUGGGACCUGGCCAACGGACUGAAUCAGCUCAAUGGGAAUAACACGCUGGGAGAGAACAUCGCAGACAAUGGAGGCAUCCGCCAGUCAUACCAGGCAUACCUGAACUAUGUGGAGAAGAAUGGGAAUGAGCCUCUCCUCCCUGGAAUAAACCUCAACCAUCAACAACUCUUCUUUCUCAACUUCGCCCAGGUGUGGUGUGGAACACAUCGACCACAACAAGCUGUCAACUCCAUCAAAGUAGAUGUACACAGUCCAGGGAAGUUCAGGGUUCUGGGGUCCCUCCAGAACUUCCCAGAGUUUGCCAAGGCCUUCAACUGUCCCAAGAACAGCUACAUGGUACCUGACAAGACUUGCCAAGUCUGGUGAUACUGUAGUCCUGACACUAGCCUUGCCCUGAGGCUGGUAGAGGGUGGGCUUGUGUCCUCAUCACCUCAUUUUCCCGCCUGACUGUUAGAGCACUAGUCUGGGACAGGGAUAUGGUCGAUGUUCCCCAGUUCACUGCAGGCUGGGACCAGGACUGCUACACCGAUUGUACAGAACAACCAGCUUCAAGGGACUACAGAGAGCUGUUCAUAUCAAGAUCCAGGCUCUUCACCCGAUCACCCAGGUCACCGCUUUCCACUGAAUACAGUCACGCCAAAUCACAAUAUUUUUUGGGGGGGGGGUUUGAAAAUGUCCUUCAAUUCAAUUUUUCCCUUUGCAUUUCAAUCAGGAUUCUUCUUUUUUGACAGACAGACCGACAGACCGACAGACCGACAGACCGACAGACAGACAGACAGACAGACAGACAGACAGACAGACAGACAGACAGACAGAGACAGACAGACAGACCGAGACAGACAGACAGACAGACCGACCGUAAUUUGAGAAUUUUUAACCACGUCCAUUAUUCUAAACUGUCACUUUGUUUGUCCAAAAUGUUAUUUGUUUUACACGAUAUAUAAACCAAAAUGUAUACUGUAUAUCAAUACGUUUUAGAUGAGUAUACAUUAACAGUGAUCGAUACAGUCACACUAGGGGACAUUCUAUUUUAUUGUAUAUUUAAGAAAAUAACAUUUUAUUUGACUGAAUAUACACCAAUGAGUAUAAUUAUAAUAGCAUAAAUGUUCUGUAUAUAAGGUGGAAAUAGCUUCGAAAUGGGUGCCAACUGUUUAUGUCUACAAGCAAUGAACCAAAAUGAAGUUGUUGCCUUGGAAUCAGUUGGGUUUCCUAUCUGGUCAGGAAUUGACAUAUACCAAACAUAUUCAUAUUUUUAUUUUACAUGAAGAAUGUGACCUUAAUUUAAACUUCACCGUGUGUUCAGCAGAAGAGGCUGGUGAGGGGGAAUAUAGGAGGACGGGCUCAUUGUAAUGGCUGGAAUGGAAUCAAUGGUUUGGUAUCAAACACAUGGAGACAAAGCUUUUGACUCCGUUCCAUUGAUUCCGUUCCAACCGUUAGAAUGAGCCUGUCCUCUGAUAGAUCCAACCUCUUCUAGUGUUCUCUGUGUGUGUGUGUUCUCUGUAUGCGUGUGUGUGUGUGUGUGUGUUCUCUGUGUGUGUGGGGGUUUGUAUUUGUCUAUGUGUGUGUGUGUUCUCUGUGUGUGUGUGUUCUCUGUAUGCGUGUGUGUGUGUGUGUGUGUGUGUGUGUUCUCUGUGUGUGUGUGUUCUCUGUAUGCGUGUGUGUGUGUGUGUGUGUGUGUGUGUGUGUGUGUGUGUGUGUGUGUGUGUGUGUGUGUGUGUGUGUGUGUGUGUGUGUGUGUGUGUGUGUGUUCUCUGUGUGUGUGGGUGUUUGUAUUUGUCUAUGUGUGUGUUGAUGUGUGUUUUUUGUCUGGGUGUGACCGCUACAUUGUUCAACAAGCUUAGAAAGCCUUACAUAACCCAUAGAGCUACUGCUGUUUUGUGUGUGGGGGGCAGAGGAAGUCUGGUUCGUAGUGAAACCCCACCCACCCACCGACCAGUGGAGGCUGCUGAGGGGAGGACGGCUCAUAGUAAUGGCUGGAAUGGAGUCAAUGGAAUGGUAUCAACCACAUGGAAAUCAUAUAUUAGAUUCCAUUGCACUGACUCCAUUCCAGCCGUUACUAUGAGCCGUUCUCCCCUCAUCAGUCUCCACACACACACUGUUAACGCCAAAGAUUUCAAAUCCCUAUAUGAGCCUCUCUGGUUUCCAGCAAUCUCAAAUAAUAUUUUCCUGAUUUAAAAACGUGCCACGAAUAACCUCUCUCUCUUUCUCUCUCUCUCUCUCUCUUUCUCUCUCUUUCUCUCUCUUUCUCUCUCUUUCUCUCUCUUUCUCUCUCUUUCUCUCUCUUUCUCUCUUUUUCUCUCUCUUUCUCUCUCUCUCUCUUUCUCUCUCUCUCUCUUUCUCUCUCUCUCUCUCUCUUCUGUCUCUCUCUCCUCUCUCUCUCUCCUCAUCUCUCUCUCUCUCCUCUCUCUUUCACUCUCUCUUCUGUCUCUCUCUCUUAUCUCUCACUCUCUCAUCUCUCUCUCUCUCUCCUCAUCUCUCUCUCUCUCCUCUCUCUUUCACUCUCUCUUCUGUCUCUCUCAAUUCUCUCUCCUCUCAUCUCUCUCUCUCUCUCUCUCUCUCCUCAUCUCUCUCUCUCUCCUCUCUCUUUUCUGUCUCUCUGUUAUCUUUCUCCUCUCUCUCUUCUCUCUUCUCUUCUCUUUCUCUCCCUCUUCUCUCUCUCUCUCUUCUCUCUCCCUCUUCUUUUCUCUCUUCUCUCUCUCUUCUCUCUCUCUUCUGAUUCUCUCCAUUUAUGUUUCUCUAUCGCUCUCUUUUUUUCUCCUUCAUUCACAUUCACUCUUUCACACACACAGACACGGCAAACCAAUCAAACGUGUUUUCGCUGUUUAUUACAUCAUUAGUAUGGUUUCUUGUAAAUACAGAUUUACUAAGUGUUUAGUUUUUGUCUUUUAUUCCUUUGUAAAAGAAUGCAGAUAGAAUCUUUGCACCUGUAAAUCUGGUUGGUGUCACUGUAUCCGUUGUGAUUUUCUUUGUGUGGGAAAAUUAGGUUCAGUCCACAAUGUGUCAUGGGACUCAAAACAUUACUGUUUCUCUAAAUGUCCCCUGUAAGUGUUGCCAUGUCCACUCACACUGCUUUCUCUGUAUAUAGUACCACCCCCCAACACACACACACACACACACACACACACACACACACACACACACACACACAACCAUCCCACCUGUAGGACAGACAGAUACACCUCAGUUGCCUGUUUUUAGAUACUUUGUAAUCAAAAAAAAUCAUGAUGACAAUAAUGAUGAGCAUCUUGAAAUGUUUUGCUUUAAUAAUAAAUCCUU